CCUCUUCUUCACCGCCCAUCAUCUUGACCCUACGUCAUCAUUCUGUCUGUGCAGGCAGGCUAGCUAAAGCUGAUGUAUCCUAUUGGUCGCUUCCGUCAAUGUAAACAUGUAGCCGUGUCACCGGUGUGACCGUAUUAAGCGGUGUUUCCUUAUUGUUAACCAGUUUGUCAGUGGUCUGAAUAAUAAUGGAUGUGUUGCCGAAAAAAGCAGUUUCGGAAGCAGGGCAGCGUAGUGUUAGCUUGAUAACUAAGUUAGCUAACACUGAAUAGCUAGCUAACUAUCGGCCCGUGUUUGUAUGAGGCUAACCUUGCUAAUUAGACCGCUAGCUUCCAGUUGGCACCCACGAAAAUCGGGCUACAUCGGGAAUGCCAAACAAAGGAGGAUGGCAAAUAAUAUAAUCUAGCAAGGACACAUCGAGAAGUUGAGAAAAAAUGAAGAACUCAAGAAGUGUUGGUGCUUCGUCACCUGUGAAUGGGAAACAAGACUGGGACACCAGACGGAAGAGGAAAAUUGCGGACAUCACACAGGCCCUUAGUGUGAGUCCAGUGGAUGUGGCAGCUUUGAGGAGGAUGGCUAUCAGUGAAGGAGGACUGCUGACUGAUGAUAUACGCUGUCAAGUCUGGCCUCGGCUUCUCAACGUCCCCCCUCACGUCUUGGAUCAAGAGCCAGAAAAAGUAGAGCGGGAGAAUAACAAGGACUACAACCAGGUCUUGCUGGAUGUCCAGCGCUCACUGCGGAGGUUCCCACCUGGUAUGCCAGAUGAGCAGAGGGAGGGUCUCCAGGAAGAGCUAAUUGACAUCAUCCUCCUAGUUCUGAAACGUAACCCCCAGCUGCACUACUACCAAGGAUACCAUGACAUUGUUGUCACCUUCUUAUUGGUCCUGGAAGUGCGCCUUGCAACUGCUCUUGUGGAAAAGCUUUCCACGCAUCACCUCAGGGACUUCAUGGAUCCUACCAUGGACAACACAAAACACAUUCUUAACUAUUUGAUGCCCAUCAUUGAGAGGGUCAACCCUGAUGUGCAUGACUUCAUGCAACAGGCUGAAGUGGGUACAGUCUUCGCUCUCAGUUGGCUGAUCACCUGGUUUGGCCACGUCCUUUCAGACUUCCGCCAUGUUGUCCGGUUGUAUGACUUCUUCCUGGCCUGCCAUCCAUUGAUGCCCAUCUACUUUGCUGCUGUGAUCGUACUGUACAGAGAGGAAGAGGUGUUGGAGUGUGAAUGCGAUAUGGCCAUGGUUCAUCACCUGCUGUCUCAGAUUCCCCAGGAUCUGCCAUAUGAGACACUCAUCAGCCGUGCAGGAGACCUCUUUGUCCAGUUCCCUCCCUCUGAACUGGCUAGAGAGGCUGCCUCACAUGAAAGCAUGGCAAGCUCUACCUUUAAGGACUUUGACCUUGCGUCCACUCAACAACGACCAGACUCUGUUCUCCGUCGCCGACGCAGACAGAAACAGGCUGCACUUGAGAGCUCAGCAGCAAACUCGGUAGUGGCCCAACCUUCAGCAACACGACGGUUUGUUCGACUGGCUGUCAUGGGUCUGACGGUGGCUUUAGGAGCAGCAGCUCUCGCUGUGGUCAACACUGCCCUGGAGUGGGCCCCCAAACUGGACUUGUUUCCUUGAACUGCUCCUCUUUUACCCAUAGGUUCCUACCUAUCUGUCCUUGACUGAAUCUAGCUGUGGGUCUGUUUCCAAGAACACUUAAACUAAACCACAAACCCUGCAGUCGUUAACACUGUCUGGAGUGUACUUUCUAAACUGAACCAGUUAACGCUCCUCUUUCGCCUUCUAGGAUGUGUCUAAACAUCCUAUGUAGGGCUUCUAAGCUGAGGGUCCUUUUUAAUGACUCCUUAAGAGCAUGCACCAGUGUAACAGCAACAACUGCUGGUGUUCUGAAAUGAAGAAUCCAUCCUGUUAUAAUGGAGGGACUGUAUUUCUAAGAACUAUUACUGAUAGUGUCAUUAUUAAAGUUUAUUUAUAUUUGGUAUUAGGAUAAUCUGAUAUUGAGUUAUGCUCACAUAAGAGAUUUAUGCUUGGUGGACUCACUAAAAUUGAAACUGCUGCCAAUUAAGAGAGCUGGAGUGAAUGUAUGAGUGUGUGUGCGUGUAUGGUCGCAACCCAUUUGUUAUCUAUUUGAUACCUGGACUGAGACCAAAUAGAGGAUUGUUAGAAUCCUCUCUGUAUAAUUUACUGUUUUGUUUUUUUAAUUUAUAGGUAUGUAAGCAGCUGUGUGAAGAUAUGGUCAUGAUGCACAGGCACUUUUUAAGGUCACCAUUUUAUUAUGUUUUUAGGUAAUUUUGUCCCUUUUUAAGUUGUUUGAAUAUGCCUUUUUAGUCAAUCUUCCUUUCUGGGACCGAGUAUCUUUAAAACAUGUCAACAGUUGACACCCUUCACCACACAUUUUAAUUCUGGCACAUGGUUGGGUCAGCUAAACUUAUAUGUAAGAAGUUUAUACAAAAUGUUAUUGGUGUCAUCAAAGUAAAUGUAUUGUAGCCUGCUUGUAUGUACGGAAUGUUUUGUAUCUCAAAAUUUAAAUCUGAGGAUUAGGUCCCAAAAUCGAGUAUAGCUUUCACAGUCCAGGAAGUAAAAAAAAUGAACCAUAUCAAAAUUAUUUUACUAGAGCUUUCCAAUUACAUAUUCACCCAUUUAUUUGGUUGCAAAACCUUAAAAAUGUGUCUGUGUUUUAUGGCCCGAAAUGUCUAGGGUAUGUUUUCUGCAUCACUUUUCCUAGAUAGUAGAUGAUUAAAUCUCUCCUUUAUAGUUCAGCAACACAUUCGCUCACUCAAUGCCUGGUAACAGAAAAUAUCAACGCUGGGAUAAAUAGCAAGUAAAAUGAAGUGGAUACGGUAGUCCUUGUGUUGGCACAGUGGAGGACCCAGUUUGCACUGAUUGCAUUCGUUUUGCAAAAUCACUUUAAAAUUAGUUUGAUAGGCACUUUGUUUACUCCUACUGUAAUGGUGCUCCGGUCAGAAAAAGCGCCUGAGCCUUCAAAUGAAUGCUAUCCAAUAAGUUUGUUUUAAACAUGAAUUUAGCUUUAUUUAAACACAUGUAUGUUAGUAAGUUGAAUUGCUUUGAGUGUAGCAUUUACAUUUCAGAGGCAGUCCAGCUCAUUCCAAUGUUCCAGUCAUUUUCAUUCAUUCACAUAUUUAAAAGUAAUAGGGGAUUGCUUAGGUUUCAGUGGUAUGACACUCACCUGAAUGGCCAAGUCAAAAUACAUAGAAAGUAGCUUGUCAGAGCACUUCAUUCUAAGGUAGUGAAUUUGGGUUGUCUAAUAUUUAUAAUGUAUUUUGCUCAACACAAAUCUUCAGAAUUAUUGACUGAGUUCUAGUUCACCUACAUUGUAUGGCACAACAACCAGUUAACUAAAAACUUCUCACUUCAGUUGAAGUCAUUGGAGUGACAUGUUGAGAGAAAUUGUUUUUGCUAUAUUAGGAACUGAACACUUGGGCAUCCCAUUCCUAUAUUAAAGUUUGUAGUGAACCACUAAUUCAGCUGGUGAAGGAUCUACAAAUGGUUCAAAAUGAAGGUAUCCUGGAACAUGUCCCUGAGGUGCCUGAGAGUAUAGUUGUUCAGCAGUGUUGUAACGCACCAUGUAUCUGCACUCAGUGGUUUUCAUUUAUUUUCAUUGCACUAAAUGAUUUAUCUGCCUUUUAUGUUUAUUUUGUUAUAAUGAAUCUGUCAUACUAAUGUAAAGAUGUACAAGAGAAUGCUAAUAAACUAGAGUGAAAAUG